AUGGCUGCGUCAUCCGAAGAAUUCUCGGUCAACGCGAAUGAAGCCAUCCGGAUCUCUCUCGUCCAGCCCGGCCCAAACAAUAGACUCAUCACCAAGCAUGAAUUCCAUCCCAAAUUCACCUAUCCCAUCGUUGGAGAAGCAGAGCAGAUUUUUGGCUACAAAGGGCUAGAAGUCGAACUUUUAUUUGCCGCUCACGACUUGCGACCACACCUACAGUGCUCAUAUGUGAAGAAGUUCGACACUGUUGGCACCACAAGCGCUCUCGAUCUGAACAAGACCUUCGGCAACUUCCUACCCCCAACCGCCUUUCAGCAGGGAUUCGAGUCAGAAGUGCUGGACGACUCCAAAGCAGCGGAAUGGACACCUCCAGGCGUGUGCGUAAAGAAGUACACAAGAGGCGGAGAGAACUUUGAAGUGUGGGCUGGCUCGCUCCUAGACAUGCCAAUGAGAACCUUGGUUGACAACAUUCAAAUAUUUAUUGUCUUCUUUAUCGAAGGCGGACAGUUCAUCAAUUUGGAGGAGGUUGACUGGACGCUGGAUCGAUGGAGGGUCUAUCUCACAUACCAAAAGGCAUCAAAAACCCCGACACCCAAUGCAUCUCCGUACUUGUUCGUUGGCUAUGCAACGACCUAUCGCUUCUACAAGUUUCAGAAGCCUCCGAAAGACCAUAUUCCUAUUUCAUUUCCGCCGACAGAAACCAUUACGCCCAACACACUCCCGUCACGAGUCCGAAUAUCGCAAUUCCUUAUUACACCACCUUAUCAAAGCUCCGGCCAUGGUUCCGCUCUUUAUCAGGCAAUAUACGAUCAGGUUAUGGCCGACCCGACAGUUUUAGAACUGACAGUUGAGGACCCGAGCGAGGAGUUCGAUAAAUUACGCGACAUGAAUGACUUUGACAAUCUAGAACCACAGUUCAAAGCAAUCAACCUCAAGAUCGAUACGUCGCCUUUUGCCAGCAUGGACCGAGGACGUUUGAAACGGGUACCAACUGCCAGAUUGCUUCCUCUUGACCAGCUGCAAGCCAUCCGAUCCAAGAACAAGAUUGCAGGUCGCCAGUUCGCCCGGAUGGUCGAAAUGUAUCUUCUGGCCCAGAUCCCGUAUUCGCGUCGUGCGGCUGGUGGAGCAUCCCUUACUGGCCUCGUGGUUAAGGGUGCCAGGAAUUCCAAUCCGGAUGACCGUGCGUACUACUGGUGGCGACUGUUGCUGAAACAGCGCAUCAUCAAGAAGAACAAGGAUGUGCUUCAUCAGCUUCCGUUCGAAGAACGACUGCCCCAGAUCGAGGAUAGUGCUCGUGGACAAGAGGAUGAACAUGAACGUCUCAUCCUCUCAUAUGCCCUGCUAAAAGAGAAAGAAUCAGAUCACGAGGGAAAUGGAGAGUCAUCCGCCGUCGUGCGCAAGAGGAGGGUUGUUGAGGAUGAUGAAGAUGACGAGGAAUCGAACGCCGAAGCUUCCAGGUCGAAGAAACCAAAGGUUUAA